AUGGGCCGAUUUGACACCCUCAACGCCGAGACCAAGGAUCUGGUGGAAUGCCUUCUUCCCGCUCUGGCACAAUCCUUCGGUCUCACUGACUGCAAAGACAUCAUCCCGGAAGACAUCCGCAUGCGCGCCUGGGACUGUGAGCGCCGCGACCACAUCAUGGACAAGACUGAGAACGACCCUCGCAACUGGGGUGUGCAGUUUCUCAAAGACUUGAGGGCCAUCUCGCGUCUCAAGAACGGAAACCUCGACGAGUUCCACGUCGAUCUGCGCGCCAAGGUUGCUCUUCAUGAACCGAAGCAUCCUUGGUGUCGUCUGGCCGAUAUCAAGGAGAUCAAGCUUGAUUACGAGCACCCAGAGCGCUUGAACCCAGUCGAAAAAGAAGAGUCAUCUGAAGAGUCAUCUGAAGACUCCUACUUCGAAGAGCUUGUCGAGCCAGAUCAACCUAAGGGUUCAAAGAAGCGCCGCGGCAACCACGAGAUUUACGAAGCACGUGUUCUGGAGAAGCGCCGCAAACAUCCGCCUAGCCGUCUCCGUCGUGCUGAGUCUGGCGGCUACCAGCGUCACGAUAAAUACGCGAACAAGCGUAGCCGCUCCGUUCGCACCAGCGCCACUCCCGAAGGUCGCCGCCCCGUGAUCCACCGUCCUACUAGAACCGUCCUCACCGACGAUGAAGACUCCGUCAGCUCUUGCGGAGCGCGCAUGUACCCCAUUGAGACCACCGACACAUGCAACGAGCCUGUUGCGGUUCAGAAACUUCAGGCUGAGUUGGAAGUUGCGGAGGCUGAGCUCAAGGCUGCGCGUUUGAAGUACCAGUACCUCCAGGCUAAGGAACAGGCUGAGAACGAGUCUUUGUAUGGGGGUAGCGGUACCGCGGAGAUGCCUCGUCGGUUUGAUUAG